AUGUUCUACACAAUGUAUCUUGAUGGCCUCUGCAAACGCCGACACUGGCCUCAGCCCAUGUUCCAACCUUCCGUUACUCGCCACGGCUAUACCUGCGUCGUUCGCGUCAACAAUCGGGAAUACAGCACGGACGGCCAACACUAUACAAGCGAAGCACUCGCUCGCGACGCCGCCGCAACGCGCGCAUACAUGAUCUGCCGCAACUUCUCCGUCAACGACGGUAUGUACCCCGGCCAAAAGCCCGGCUCCGGCACAGUCCAAGGCCUCCCCGUAGCCAUCGGCUCAGGUCGCAAACCCGUCACCGUCACCACAAACACACCCAACGAUCAAAGAAGACGAUUGGGCGAGCUAAAGGAGGAAGAUGAAGACGAAAACAGCAGUUGGACUUCUGGUGGCUCGAGCCCCAGGAGUGUGGAUUCUGCUGUUGCGGGUAUGAGAUCUUCUGUGCAUACUAGUGCUGGGAAGGCUCAUGCUAGGCAGACUGCUUGUGCUUGUCGUCGCGCUCCUGUUGUGCAGCAUUAUCCUCGUUGCUCGUAUUGUCUUCGUGAUGCCGGAUGGAUUGCUUACUGA